AUGCUGGACAUUGGCAAAACCUCAAAUCUGCCACAACCAAAAUGCUACUUUAGCACGACAACCCUCUCUACCUAUGAUGACUCUUCCGAACUACCCACGAAGAAGUUGCCAUUCAACCUCCUGCAUAGUGCACCUUACUACCACUCGAUGACUCUGCUUUCACCAUCUUCUUCCACCCUCCACACGUCACUAUCGUCGAGCCAGUCGAAAUAUGCGCGGCUACAGAUGCCACUGUUGUCUCUUCUUACAGGAGACUUUUUCAACAAACACAUCAAGACCGGAAAUGUGUUACUAUUCUCUUCACCAUUGAAACUGGACACGACCUCUUCAGAAGCAAGCUUUACACUGAUCAAUGGUAUGCUCAGCAUAGUUUGCGAUCGAGCACUCUACGAGCGGGCUGGCCUUACUGGCACUGCUAUACCAGACCCUCAUGCCAGGAAACACGGCACCUCAAAGUUUCGCAUCGAGCUCAACUUACGGCUUCCUUCGAUGCUUGCUGGAAAGAAAGGGUUCGAGCGUAUUUUACGGGCUGUAGAGACGGUCUUUGUGGGAGACAUCUCGUGGCUUUUCUACGAUGUCUCUGCUGCGGGAGUGGCCGACAAUGAUGAGUCGCUAGGCAAGGAAGUACAGAUCAAGGAGGUGAAACCAGAGACCGAGGACAUGGAGAAAGUGCUGGUCCCCGGGUUCCGAUCGAACAUGACUACGAAUGCAAACCAAGAGAACGAUCUGGUAGAGUUGCUAGAAUGGAUUUCCCUGGCCGCUAUCAACUCUCCAAGGAUACAACAGGGAGAUUUGGUUGAUGAGAUUAUUAGUCGCUACGAAGUGCCUGAGAUUUCCUCGAAUGCAGUCAAUGGGUCGAGUACUGGCAUAACGACACAAAGUUUGACAAAAACGACAGCCACUGGAUUCUUGACAGCUUCUUUUGUUGCGGACACGUUUGGGAAUGCUCUUCUCCAAUCGAAAGGGUCUUGGUUUGCGCUUCUGGUACAAGGAUUUGCAGAUGGGAAGGCGUUCGUCGUGCUCAAGAACGCAGACAAUCAAGCGUUGAGUUGGGAUGUCGAAGGGUGA